UAGAGAGACAGAUAUCCCACUUCCUCUCUCUUCUGUGAACGGGAAGAAGACCCUCUUUCGAUUUCCGUUACAAAAAAUUUCUGUUCGAUCGAAAGAUUCUUAAUGGUCUGUAUGUUUUAGGGUUUAAAAACGGUAAUCUAAUAACUUUUCGUUUUCGAUUACUGAAAAGGGAAACUAUAAAAUUUCAUUUUCUACAGUUUUUUUUUUCUUCAAUUGAAGUGAAGGGGAGAAAGCAGUCUCUGCAUCAAGGCUUGAAGAUGAUGACAUAGUAUGUGAUUGGAUGCUAAGGUUUCACGACAGCGAUUGUUGGCUUAUAUGGUUAGGCAAUUCAUAAAGUUACCACCCGUAAGUUCAUUAUUGUAUCAAUGCAGACCCAAAGUUUGACCUCUCAGUUUCCUACAAUAUCAGCAAAACCAGUACUCCAAAAAAUCAAAGAUACUUCCUAUGUAAGUUUCAUUAGAUCCCCAAAAUUUGUCCAUCUAAAAACUCAUUAUCAUUCUAAAUGUGUCUCCCAAAGGGUUAGAGUUCAAAAGAAAUUGGUGUGUAGAAACAGUGUUGGAAAGGAUGUUGUUUGUCUUCUUGAAGAAGAUUCCUUAGUUGAGGUUAAAAGAAAAAAGUUAGCUGUUUUUGUCUCUGGCGGAGGAUCGAACUUUAGGGCAAUUCAUGAUGCAGCUGUUCAAGGAUCAGUGUAUGGAGAUAUUGUGGUUCUGGUUACCAAUAAACAUGAUUGUGGAGGUGCUGAAUAUGCAAGAAAGAAUAACAUCCCAGUUAUUUUGUUCCCCCAAACCUCAAAAGUACCUGACAGACUAUCAUCUUCUGACCUUGUAACUGCUCUGAGGGGACUUGAGGUUGACUUUGUCCUUUUGGCCGGAUAUUUGAAGCUCAUACCAGUUGAGUUGAUUAGAGCCUAUGACAGAUCUAUAUUGAACAUCCAUCCAUCGCUUCUUCCAGCAUUCGGGGGCAAAGGCUACUAUGGUAUGAAAGUGCAUAAAGCUGUUAUCGCUUCUGGAGCCAGGUAUUCAGGUCCUACUGUUCACUAUGUUGACGAACAUUUUGAUACUGGUCGUAUCCUUGCUCAAAGAGUUGUACCUGUUUUAGCAAAUGACACGGCAGAGGAAUUGGCUGCACGGGUUCUCUGUGAGGAACAUCAAUUGUAUGUGGAGGUUACAAAGGCACUAUGUGAAGAUAGGAUAAUUUGGAGAGAAGACGGCGUUCCACUGAUUCAAAACAGAGAAAAUCCAAAAGAAUACAGCUAGGAAACCCUUGCACCAGCAAAUUCUGAGGCAGUGUUGCCCGAAGAAGCAGGCCUAGCAUUCUUUAGUUUCUGUUGUUUUUUUCUUGUCUCGGGUGCAUGUAAUUGUCCCAAAAGGUGGGAUGAUUUUGAUUGUUUUUAGAGGAGCAUGUUUGGUAACAACUUCACUAAGUAGCAAUUUUGUCUUGAAAUAAAAAUUAGAUUUAAUUUGUUCAUUUAAGAAUGGGUAAUGAACAGAACCUAAUGCGGUGGAAAGCAGUCUAACUAUUGUUUUGUUA